UCUUGUUUCAGAGAUUACAUGUGAAUAUCCACAUGACCAGCAUGUGUCUAGAUCAUCCAUCAGUGGGGAAAGUAAAUUGGGAGAACAACAAUCUUACAGUUGUGAGGAGGGAUAUCGUGAAACGGCAGAAAAGGCCACAUGUACAAGAGACGGAUGGACACCUAACCCACUCUGUAUUGAGAUUACAUGUGAAUAUCCACAUGACCAGCAUGUGUCUAGAUCAUCCAUCAGGGGGAAAAGUAAAUUGGGAGAACAACAAUCUUACAGUUGUGAGGAGGGAUAUCGUGAAACGGCAGAAAAGGCCACAUGUACAAGAGACGGAUGGACACCUAACCCACUCUGUAUUGAGAUUACAUGUGAAUAUCCACAUGACCAGCAUGUGUCUAGAUCAUCCAUCAGUGGGAAAAACAAAUUGGGACAAAAACAUUAUUACAGUUGUGAGGAGGGAUAUCGUGAAAUGGCAGAAAAGGCCACAUGUACAAGAGACGGAUGGACACCUAACCCACUCUGUACUGAAAUAACCUGUGAGCUGAAGUCAAUCACACCUGAAGUAAAAAACUUCAAGCCACAGAAAAAAAAAUUCAAAGCUGGAGAAAGUGUGGAGAUCACCUGCUCUGAAAAAGCAUGGGUUUUUACAAAAGAAACCAGCAAAACAUUUAUGUGCCAAGAUAACGGGGAGUGGGACCAUGAGCCUGUUUGUCAAGAGAUUACAUGUGAAUAUCCACAUGACCAGCAUGUGUCUAGAUCAUCCAUCAGUGGGGAAAGUAAAUUGGGAGAAAAACAAUCUUACAGUUGUGAGGAGGGAUAUCGUGAAACGGCAGAAAAGGCCACAUGUACAAGAGACGGAUGGACACCUAACCCACUCUGUACUGGUCAGGACUCAAGGACAUGUGGAAGACCACCACAUGUAAACAAUUCAGAUAUAACAGACAUGGUAAAAAAGGAAUACAACACAGGGGAGAAAGUUGAAUACAAGUGUUUUAAUAAAUACAUAUUGGAUAUGCGUCACCCCUUCUCCAAUUACAUGACCUGUGAGCAAGGCAAAUGGAGUGGAAAUAUUAAGUGUUUAAAGCCCUGUACAGUGACUAAGGAGAUAAUGGAUGAAAGAGGUAUAGAGUUGGCCUAUGCUGAUGACCAAAAGAUGUUCGCACCACACAAUAAUCACAUCACCUUUAAGUGUCAGAGUGGCAAAGUUUUAAAAAGCAAUGCUGCCUAAGACAACAGUGCAAUGAUGGAGAGAUGACUUUGCCUAAGUGUGAGUAACAUUGGGAAUAGCAUCAAAAACAAAAAGAGCAAAUAAAAAUAAAAUGUUUUCCCAAUUCAA